CUCCCGUAGCCCCGCCCCCUGCGCUGGAGUGGGCGGUGCCGCCCUUCGACCUCAAGGUUCCUCUGGGCAGAGCGCCCCGCACUCCUUGGUGGAAAGCGGGCCCGGGCGGGUGAUGGCUGCGACGCGUGAAAGGACUAGCGCCCGAGAGAUCUUCAACACGCUGGAGUACGGACCGGUGCCUGAGAGCCACGCAUGCGCGCUGGCCUGGCUGGACACCCAGGACCGACACUUGGGUCACUAUGUAAAUGGGAAGUGGUUAAAGCCAGAACACAGGAACUCAGUGCCUUGCCAGGAUCCCAUCACAGGAGAGAGCUUGACCGCUUGCCUCCAGGCACAGGCUGAGGAUGUGGCGGCAGCCGUGGAGGCAGCAGGGACUGCGUUCGAGAACUGGAGCGGACUCCCUGGAGCCUCUCGGGCUCAGCACCUGCUCAGACUGGCCAAGAUGAUCCAGAAGCACCAGCGGCUGCUGUGGACCCUGGAGUCCCUGGUUUCUGGGCGAGCCGUUCGAGAGGUUCGAGAUGGGGAUGUCCCACUGGCCCAGCAGCUGCUCCAGUACCACGCUGUCCAGGCGUACACCCAGGAAGAGGUGCUGGCAGGCUGGGAGCCCAUGGGAGUAAUCGGUCUCAUCUUGUCACCCAUGUUCUCCUUCCUUGAGAUGAUGUGGAGGAUUUGCCCUGCCCUGGCUGUGGGCUGCACUGUGGUGGUCCUCGUGCCGCCAGCCUCCCCGACACCCCUCCUCCUGGCCCAACUGGCAGGGGAGCUAGGCUCGUUCCCAGGAAUCCUCAAUGUGAUCAGUGGCCCUGCCUCCCUGGGCCCUGUCCUGGCCUCCCAUCCUAGAGUCCAGAAGGUGACCUUCUGUGGAGCCGUCGAGGAAGGACGUGCCCUUCGGCGGACCCUGGCAGGCAAGGGUGCCGAGCUGGGCCUGGCACUGGGGGCUGAGUCGCUGCUGGUGCUGACGGAGGCAGCGGAUGUGGACUCAGCCGUGGAGGGCGUCGUGGAUGCAGCUUGGUCCGACCGCAACACGGGGGGACUCAGGCUCCUCAUCCAGGAGUCUGUGUGGGACGAGACGAUGAGGCGGCUCCAGGAGCGGAUGGCGCGACUUCGGGGCGGUCGAGGACUUGAUGGGGCCAUGGACAUGGGGACUCGAGAGGCUGCCGCACGUGACCUGGCCCAGCGCUAUGUGAGUGAGGCCCGGAGUCAGGGCGCACAGGUUUUUCAGGCUGGUGACAGCCUAUUCUUCCCCCCAACUUUGGUCUCUGCCCUGCCCCCGGCUUCCCCAUGUACCCAGGCAGAGGUGCCCUGGCCCGUGGUCGUGGCCUCCCCAUUCCGUACAGCUAAGGAGGCCCUGGCCAUGGCCAACGGGACGCCCCGAGGAGCCAGUGCCAGUGUGUGGAGCGAGAGACUAGGGCAGGCCCUGGAGCUGGGCUGUGGGCUCCGGGUGGGCACGGUCUGGAUCAACGCCCACGGCCUGCGAAACACUGAAGUGCCCACGGGUGGCUGCAAGGAGAGUGGGUCUUCCUGGCACGGGGGCCCCGACGGUCUGUAUGAGUAUCUGCGGCCCUCAGGGACCCCCGCCAGGCUGUCUUACUUUUCUGAGAAUCUGAACUAUGACACUUUUGGCCUUGCCAUCCCCUCAACCCUGCCAGCUGGACCCGAAAUAGGACCCAGCCCAGCAGUCCCUUAUGGGCUCUUCAUCGGCGGCCGUUUCCAAGCUCCUGGGGCCCGGAGCUCCAGACCCAUCAAGAAUUCACAAGGCAAUCUCCACGGCUAUGUGGCUGAGGGUGGAGCCAAGGAUAUCCGAGGGGCUGUGGAGGCCGCUCACCAGGCUGCCCCUGGCUGGGUGGGUCAGUCACCAGGGGCCCGGGCAACUCUGCUCUGGGCCCUGGCAACUGCCCUGGAGCGCCGGGAGUCUGCCCUCGCCUCGAGGCUGGAGAGGCACGGCAUGGAGCUCAAGGACGCCAAGGUGGAGGUAGAGCUGAGUGCGAGGCAGCUUCGGGCAUGGGGCGCCCGUGCCCAGGCCCAAGGCCAUGUCUUGCAGGUGAGAGGGUUCGGUGGGCCGGCAGACAGCUUGGACAGCCUGGGGUAGGGGUUAGAGCAAGGAUUUGGGAGUGAGCCAGACUUGGGGAGAGAGAAAGCGAGAGCGAGCGUGCGUGAGCGGUAG